AACAGUAUCAUAACCAGGUCAGUUUUAAAGUAUAAUAUAUUUACCACUAUCUUUAAAGCUUUUCAAAUAUGUUUAAAACCAGACAUCAAUAACUUGUAAACUUUAUCUCAAAAUAUGAAAAUAUUUAUGAAGUAAAGAAAUGGAUAAAUUUCAAAAUAUUCUCAAGAAACAACGACAAAGUGUUGAAAAUGUAACACCAUUAUACAGUAAGACAUUCUUCAAGACCCUAGCUGAUGAUUUUGGUGUAGCAGAAAGUAGCAGUACAUUUCAAGUUAUUGUCGACAGGUUUCAUAGUCUCAGUGAAGUAUCAAAGGCUAUCAAGGAUGUUGGCGUUACAAACUGUGGCCUUAUUUUCGGUAUCGACUACACGAAGGAAAACAUAUAUAAUGGAAAAGUCACAUUUAAUAAACGGAGUCUUCAUGAUGUGUCUAAACAGAGAUCAAAUCCUUACCAAGAGGUGAUAUGUAUUCUUGGUGAAACUCUAGAACCGUUAGAUGACGACGGCAUUAUACCGACUUUUGGGUUUGGAGGAACCGUUGAAGAGGAACAUGGCACAUUUCCUCUUAAAGAUGAGGGCAACUGUGAAGGAUUUCUAGAUGUUCUGGAAACGUACAAUAAAUUCACCCCAUCAAGAACGCUUGGUGGUCCAUCGAACUUUGCUCCACUUAUAGAAAAGGCUAUUAACAUUGUCCAGCGGACAAAACAAUACCAUAUAUUGGUGAUAGUGUGUACGGGCAAAGUGGACAAUGAAGAAGAAACUAUUGAGAGUAUUGUGAAAGCCUCAAACUUUCCUCUAUCCAUAGUGGUUAUUGGAGUGGGCGAUGGACCAUGGACUGCCAUGAAUCACUUUGAUGAUAAACUGCCCAGUAGACUCUUUGAUAAUUUUCAAUUUGUGGAGUUUCAUAAAAUAAAGUCUGAAGCCAGGAAUCCACAUGCAGCGAUCGCCUUGGCAACUUUGAUGGAAAUUCCAGAUCAGUUUACAGCAAUACAAAAACUAAAAUUGUUUGACAAUUUAACAUAGUAUACGAUAUUUCCAUACACAAUCAUCAUAUGAACCGUCAUCAAUAAUAACUUCGUUAGUCAAAGAGGUUUUAAUAAUUUGAAAAACAGUUUAAAUUUAGUCGCUUACUAAAGUUUUCACGAGUAGUUACAAUUGGAAAUAGCAGAGCAAAAUGACUUAUUUUCUUUGGCAUAUGUGUAUUAUCAUUAACCGGUCUAUAGAUUAAAAUUUAUUAAAUAAAUUGUGCUUUAAAAGGUAAAUAUUAACAUUUUGUAGAAAACUAUGUAGAAGUUAAGUCAUUAGAUGCCUUUUACUAUCCUUCGUUAACAAGCUUCAUUAAAAAGAAUAAUGUGUUUUCCUACAGAAAUCUAUAUAUUAAUCUAGUGACCCCAGGAGCAAGUCCAAUAUUGACUCAAGGGGCAUUAUUAAUAUCAGUUGUGUGAAGAUACACAGGGCAAAGCUACACACUUAAGAUGUAAGCUCUAGGCAUUUUAGUUUCACACAAUAAGUUCCUAUUUAAGUCUAUAUUUCCAAACUGAAGUAGCUUAAGAUUUAUGCCCCAUGUAAUUCUGUGACAGACAAUAUUAAGACAUCAGAUAAAUAGACGGACAGAUAAACUGAUGAACAGACAAUGCUAAAACUAUAUCCCUCUGU